AUGAAUGGCGGCGUCCACGGUCGGGAGAUUUCGGCGACUUCCUCGCGGACCAACUCGCCAUUGCCCGCCGCGCUCAAUGGAAGGGCCGAGUGGGCCAGGGCUGGUUCAGUCAGCAAUGGCCUGCGGGCAACGCGAUUUCCCCUUUCCAGCUCCCUCGUCCUGAUCGGGCUUCCGGGUGCUGGCAAAAGCACACUUGGAGUCAUCGCAGCCACGGCUUACAACCGUCGCCUUGUUGAACUUGACAAGGUCUUCGCGGAGGUUGUCGGUACGCCCUCGAUUGCCUACCGGAAGCUGCAUGGACCGGCAGAGUAUCACCGACGACACGCGGAGGUUCUCAAAGACACCCUUGAACGGUACAGUCAAGACGCUGUGAUCAUCUGUGGGAUCUCCGACCUCGAGAACCAUGGCGCUCCGUUGUUGCGCAAUUAUGCCGCAACCCAUCCCGUUAUCCACGUUACCCGUGACGCGAUCGGCAUCCAGUCCUAUCUGAAGGCGUUGACAAUCGAGAGAAUCAGUCAACUCCUGGCGGCCAGCGACAAACUACUUCGAUCGUGUUCGAACUACGACUUCUACAAUCUGUCCGAGACCACCGAUCACGGCUCGACUACCUCGCCCGAAAGCGCUCAGGUCACGCGCCAGUCUUCCGAACGCGGCUUUUUGACCCUCAAAUCAGUCGAGCGUGACUUUUUGGCACUGGUGCAAAAGGUGUUUCAUGGCUUCGACCGAUGGCUUCCGCAACGUCCCGUGGAGCCAUUCGCCAACAUGGAGUUGGCAAGCCGAGACCGAACUUUUGCCCUCAGCCUCGGGGUAUCCGACGUUCUUGGACGUAGCGUCGAUCUGGACCACGCACAAGUCGGCGUGGACUGCGUUGAACUGACCAUCGACAUCGAUGUGCGCAGCAAUCGUCAAGGCUACCACGAAGUUGCGCAAGCAUUUGCCAUGCUGCGACGCUCGACCACUUUGCCGAUGCUCAUCAACAUGACGAGUGCUAAACGUCCGCAAUUGGAAUCCAAAGCCUAUCUCGAGAUGGCGGAGCACUGUCUGCGACUUGGGCCCGAAUUAUGCGCCAUCGAUCUGGCCCUCGAUGAUAUUCACCUUGCUCCGCUCAUUGCCUCCCGCGGCGACACGAAGAUCAUGGGUGUCUCGGAUUUCACUCAGCGACCCGCGAAAGGUUGGCAGGACGACAAGUGUUUCGACAAGUACAAGCGAGCACGAGAUGUCAAAUGCGACAUGGUCAAGAUCACAAUGCCCGCCCGCGAUGUGGAUGAUGUCUUUUCGAUUCACGACUUCCGCCGCAAAAUAAAGGAAUCCGCCGACUCCAUACCACUGAUAGCUUUCGCUACUGGAUCGGCUGGCCGUACGUCGAAAUGCUUCAAUACGAUCUUGACUUCAGUCCAGCCUCCAAACGUGGACUCGGCCUCUGAAGUCUCCAAGACUACCGAUGGACAACUCACAGCGCGAGAAGUUACCAUGGCGCUCUUCUCCUCCUUUGCGCUGGAGCCUCUUCAGUUCUUUGUGUAUGGGGGGAAUGUAGAGGCCUCCCUGUCACCUGCGAUGCACAAUGCAGCGUACGAGGCAUGCGGAUUGGCAUACACCUACAGGACCAAAUCGUCGAAAUCACUGGACGAGUUUAAGGAAAUCAGCGCAGGGAUCACAUUCGGCGGCUCAGCCAUAGCGCAACCGUACAAGACUGCCGUCAUUGACUUACUCGAUGGUCUGAGUCCACAUGCCAAAGCGAUCGGUGCCGCAAAUACAGUCGUGCCCAUCAGAGAUUUCACGGAAGGUGGCCAAUUGCCGGAUGAGGACAAAGUCAUCACGCAACGUCGGCGUCAGGGUCCUGUCAAAGCUCUGUAUGGCUUCAACACUGAUUGGAUAGGACUGCGUGCUUGCAUACGCAGGGGCUUGUCACCGGCCAACACCAUCCAAGCAUGGAGCAGUGCGCUGGUAUGUGGAGCGGGAGGCAUGGCGCGAGCAGCAGUGUACUCCCUGAUCUCCCUCGGCGUGCGAAAUAUCUUCGUGUGCAACCGGACUGUCUCUCACGCUCAGAAUCUCGUGGAGCAUUACAAUCGACUCGCGUCCGAAGGCCUGCUGUCUCAAUUCAUCCCCGACAAAGAGACCCACGGCCCUGUUCGCCUACUCGAUUCCUUCAGCAGUAGCUGGCCGAGAGACAUCCGACAUCCAACCAUGAUCAUCAAUUGCAUUCCACGACGAACUCCCGCCGGACAGUCUACCGAUUUCUCCCUCCCUGACGACUGGCUCAAGAGUCCCACAGGCGGGGUGGUUGUCGAGGUUGCCUACGAUUUCCCCGUCUCUCCCCUGGCGCGGCAGAUCCGGAAGGCAGCACCCAAGGGUUGGAUAUUCCUGGAUGGCUUCGAUAUGAUUCCCGAACAGGCGUAUUCACAGUUUGAGCUCCUUACGGGCAGGAGGGCGCCAAGGAAGCUGAUGUUGACCGAGAUUAUGAAGUAUUACCCCGCCGAUGCUGAAGGAUAG